AUGACGUUUUCUAAUGUCCCAUCCCUACAACGGAUUGAGAUCAAGAAGCUGCGGCAGGGAGAUAAUCUGAUCCUGGGCUUCAGCAUCGGAGGAGGGAUCGACCAGGACCCCGGACAGAACCCCUUCUCUGACGACAAGGCUGACAAA